AUGACUGAUCGUAACAAUUUGCAUCUGGUCAAACUUGAGUUGUCUCAUUUGGAAGAACGCUCUGUAGAAUAUAGGAAAGCGUGUGAUUCUCAUCUAAAAGAACUAAGCGAAGGCGAGGCAAAACAAGCUGUAAUCGAGCAUAACAAUUUGAAAGAAAAAGAUAUUGUAAUAUACCUAAGUCAAGUGUCAUCAUGGAUCACUGAAGCAGAACAUAAUUUAUCUGACCGCCUGGAAUCGUUAAGCAGCAAAGUCUCUGAUCGCACUCGACCAUCUCACAGCACUCGCGCAUCCAAGACUAGUUCAAGAUCGUCGAAGGUUUCUGCCAGAAGGCAAGAAAAGGUCAGAUUGGCUGAGCUGAUAGCGAGAGAUCCAUGUUAA